AUGGCGGAAAACAGUGAACAAGCGUGCACACCGACCAAGGGAAAACAAAUGUACAUAUUCAACGAGCAGACAAACUACGUUUCGACUCGCAAGAUUAUAACGAUUUUCUUAGCAUGCGCCAGCGUCGACCUGGUUGCACUGAUGGACCAGACAACUCUGGCAGCAAGUUUGUCGACUAUAGGAGAUGAUUUGAAUGCUGGUACCCAAACAAGUUGGAUAGCUGGUGGCUUUUUCCUGACCUCUACAUGCUUUCAGCUGGUAUACGGACGCCUUUCCGACAUUUGGUCUCGGAAAGUCGUAUUGUACGUUGGGUUAGCGAUCUUCUUCUUUGGAUCCCUAGCUUCUUCCCUGGCUCAAACAGCUAUUCAAUUGAUAAUUUUUCGCUCCUUCACAGGAAUUGGUGGAGGCGGACUCGCCAACGUCGCCCAAAUGAUUGUCAGCGAUGUGGUGCCGCUGAGAGAACGAGGCAAGUACCAGGGAAUUCUGGGAGCAGUCGUGGCUUUAGCAAACGGCAUCGGGCCUGUCAUUGGAGGUGCCCUAUCUUCAAUAUCGCAGGAUUCAUGGAGGUGGAUUUUCCGCCUUAACCUUCCCCUUACAAUAAUCACAGCCCUUUGCGUGUUAUUCUUCAUGCCUCUUCGGAAAGUUGACGGCGACUGGAAAACCAAGGUAAAAGCUAUUGAUUUCGUCGGAGUGUUCCUGGCCCUUUCUGGGGCUACCGUCUUCAUCCUUGGACUAAUAUGGGGAGGAGGUGAGUAUGCAUGGAAUUCAGCCCAUGUGAUUUCUACGAUCACUGUAGGUUUUGCUAUUGGUGUGUGCUUCGUUUUAUGGCAGUGGAAGGGUGCAGAUUAUCCCCUUGUGCCAAUGGAUAUCUUCCGUGUGAAGAUAGUAAAUGGUGCAUGUCUGACUAUGCUCAUCAACGGAUGGAAUUUCGUUGUGCAAAUUUAUUAUAUCCCGACUUUCUAUCAGCUUGUGCACGGAUACUCGGCUUCUAAAUCGGGAGCCCUCCUUUUACCCAUUAUUCUGGUCCAAACAGUGUUUAGCACUUUAUCGGGCCUUGUUGUCCACCGUGUAGGCCGAUAUCGAGAAUGCAUCCUAUUUGGAUGGCUUGCCUGGGCCAUUGGACUAGGACUCUUUUCCACACUUGAUACAUCAUCAGGGAUUGGCAAACAGGUUGGGUAUGGCAUACUUACUGGUGUGGGAGUUGGAAAUACAUUGCAGCCGGCUUUGGUUGCUAUUCAAGCCGGUGUUCCCAGGAGGGAUAUGGCAGUUGUGACGUCGUUCCGCAAUUUUGUGAGAAACCUCGGCGCUACGCUGGGCCUAGCAGUAUCCGGAACGAUCCUGAAUAAUAUCGUCUUAUCUUCGCUUUCAUCCCUUCUCCUUUCAGAGGCUGAGACAAAAGAGAUAACACAAAGCCCAAGCCACUACUUGGCAAAGCAGAGUCCAGCGGAGGUCGAGAGAAUCCGUUCUGUUCUUAUUCCAGCGUACCAGAAGGGCUUCCGGGUGAUUUUCAUAAUAUGCUCGGCCCUUGCGGGGUUGGCCUUCAUUCUUGCAUAUUUUCUCAUGCCUCAUAUCUCACUAAAGAGAGCUGAUGACAAGAAGCUAAAGGAAGAAGGCCAAUGA